AUGGACGCGCCGUCGAGCAGCACGAGCACGAGCACCAAGAGCAGCCGGAGCGCCUCCGAGCAGCACCAGCACCAGCAGCAGAACCGCCACCAGCACCACCAGCAGCAGAUGGUGGCGCACCACCCGUUCUACUACGCCGCCGCUGCAAACGCGGCCGGGAUGGCGCCGUUCAUGGGGUCGCUGGCCAUCGCGCCCGCCGCCGGCGCGGGGGAGGUGCAGCAGCUAGCGCAGACCGGCACGCGGGAGCUGGGCCACAAGACGGACGGCGAGACCAUCGAGUGGCUGCUGCAGCAGGCGGAGCUCGCCAUCGUGGCCGCCACAGGGACCAGCACCAUCCCGGCCAACUUCUCCUCGCUCGCCGUCUCCCUCCGCUCCGCGUCCCGCACCGCGGCCGCGACCUUCCACCACCUCUCGCCGGGCAGGCGCAACACAAGGACGCCGCCAUGCUCGGCGCCUGGAACCACCAUCACCAGCAGCAGCCGCAGCAGACGCCGCAAGAUCCUGGCGCCGGGGAGUUCAUGA